UCCAUACAAUCAGUGACUUUCUUACUGUGCAAACACCCCACCCAUACCACCCACCCCUCUCUUCCCCUCCACUUUCUCUCUCUUUUCUGCUACAUUAACAUACAUACAAACCGACGACAAACUCCUCUCUGGCACACAAAAAGAUUCCUUCUUUCUUUUCCUUUUCUUUUUCCCAAUCUCAUCUUUUUCCCCAACCCUAAAUAUUUUUCACCCCAAUUUCGAUUAUGCUUUCUUUCUCGAUCUAAUUUCAUUCUUAAUUUUCACUGGAAAUUAAAUUUGAUGGGUUGUGCUAGCUCAAAGCUUGAUGACUUACCGGCAGUGACUUUGUGCCGGGAGCGGUGCACUUUCCUAGAUGAAGCUAUACACCAACGCUACACCUUGGCUGAAGCCCACGCGGCUUAUCUUCACUCUCUUGAGGCCGUCGGCUCUUCGCUCGAUCGGUUUUUCAAUGGAGAUACUGAUGGUUCCAAUCCGGGACCAUCUUCGCCGGUUCUCAACCUUCCGGCUCAACGGAAAGGUGACCUACCCGAACCUUCUGGUUCACCGCCGGAAAACAUUCACCACCUUCACUCUGACUCGGACUCCGGUUCGCAUCUUCACCUUCACUCUGACUCCGAAGACGAAGAAGAUUCCGGUUCUGAAUCGCUACAUCAUCAUGAUGCGCCGUCCCCGGUUCAACCGUAUGUUGGUCCCUUUGGUUACAUACCGGAUUAUGAUAUUUAUCAGGGAGGCGGCAAGAUUAUAAAUUAUAUGAAGAAGCAACCGACACCGUCUGUAGUGUAUGAGCAACGGCCGAUGAUCCCAGAAACUAGACAUAUAGGUGAAUCUUCGACUUCCUCUUCGUAUACUUCUUAUCCUUAUCCUUAUCCUUAUGCAAAUAAUAUUCAGAACCCACCUUCAUCUCCUUAUUAUUAUAAUAAUAAUGUUGGUAAUUACGGAAAUUAUCCGAAUAUGGGUGCUGGAGGUGGAUUUUCGGGUUCUUCGUUACCACCGGCGCGUUACGACGGCUUUUCAUCUCCGCCUGAUGGGGCAGCUUCUACGUCGAGUUCAAAAGCGCCUCCACCGCCGCCGCCGCCGCCACCAAGUAGUUCGACCUGGGAUUUUUUGAACCCUUUCGAUGCCUUUGAGAAGUAUUAUCCGCCUUACACCCCGAGCCUGGACUCGAGGGAAGUGAGGGAGGAAGAGGGAAUACCUGAUUUGGAAGAUGAGGAUGGUGAAGUCGUGAAGGAGGUUCACGGAAAUCAGAAGUUUGUGGAUAGCGGGAGGAGUAGUUAUUCGAAGGCAGGAGCAGCUGGAGGGGCCAAUAAGGUGGAGGAUGAGAGGGCGCAGAAUGAUGAUGAGUUAAGGUACAGGGCAAAGGCAAGCGCGGGGGUGGAGAGUGAUCCAGUGGAGUAUGAAGUGAAAAUGAUGGAUAAAAAGGUGGUUGAUGAUGAGGACAAGUCGAAAGAUCGGGGAAAUGUGGCUGGAUUUAAUGCCCGUGGUGGUUUCAAGGUUGAUUCUGAGGUUGUGAAAGAAAUUCAGGUUCAAUUUGUGCGAGCUUCAGAGGCUGGAAUCGAGCUUUCUAAGUUGCUCGAGGUCGGGAAGCUUCCCUAUAAGCACAAACAUGGUGGCCAUAAUGUUUCUUCCAAGAUAUUGCAGAUGCCAGGGGUAGCAUCACAAACAUUAACUUCCAAAAGCUCGGAGAAUGGAAAUGCUGAUACUUUAGAUGUUGAUCAAAUUGUGGGCUCAGGCUCCAGAAAUAUUUCCUCCACUUUGCAUAAGUUGUACCUGUGGGAGAAGAAACUGUAUGAAGAAGUGAAGGUUGAGGAGAAAAUGAGGGUCCUCCAUGAUAGAAAGUCACAUAAACUGAAGCGGUUAGAUGAACGGGGUGCUGAGGCUCAAAAAAUUGAUACAACCAGAUCUUUAGUUAGGAGUCUAUCCACAAAAAUUAGAAUUGCGAUUCAAGUUGUCGAUAAAUUCUCAGUGAAGAUAAACAGUUUGAGGGAUGAUGAGUUAUGGCCGCAGCUAAAUGAAUUCAUUCAUGGGUUAACCAGGAUGUGGAAAUCCAUGCUUGAGUGCCAUCAUAAUCAAUGUCAAGCAAUUGGAGAAGCCAAACGGUUAGAUGCCAUUGCAUUACGCAAACACUUCAGUGAUGCUCAUUUUGAAGCUACUCGACAGCUUGAACGUGAUCUCAUUAAUUGGACUCUAAGAUUCUCUUACUGGAUCGGUGCCCAAAAGGGUUAUAUUAGAGCAUUAAAUAACUGGCUUAUGAAAUGUCUCCUUUAUGUUCCUGAAGAAACACCAGAUGGAAUAGUUCCCUUUUCCCCUGGAAGGAUUGGUGCUCCUCCAGUGUUUGUAAUAUGUUACCAGUGGUCCCAAUCAUUGGAGGGAAUUUCUGAGAAAGAAGUGGUUGAUUCAAUGCGAGAUUUUGCCACAAGUGUGCUUCAGCUCUGGGAUCGGGAUAAGUCAGAAAUGAGACAAAGGAUGUUAGCAAACAAGGAUGAGAGGAAAGUUAAGGGCCUGGAGAGGGAAGACCAGAAGAUACAAAAGGAGAUUCAGGCAUUAGACAAAAGAAUGGUUCUUAUCUCUGGGGACAACAGUGGUAUGCCAUUAACCGGACGUGUUGUGUAUCAGAGUGAGACCAGCAAAAGUGCUAGUCUUCAGGCGGGUCUGCAACAUGUUUUCAAGGCCAUGGAGAAGUAUGCGGCUGACUCUUUGAAAGUCUACGAGGAUCUUUUACAGCGCAUUGAAGAGGAUCGUAUUGCUCGAGAGCGUGAACAAGUUUCCUAAUGUUACCUUCUAGAUGACGUCUGAAUAGGUAUGCUUGGUGGGCCACUUUGAUUUACUAUGUCCAGAUUGAAGUACUAGUAAAAGCCACAAAGGUAUGAGAUUCGGAGCUUGUCAAGUUGGGACUCAAGAAUUUCUACCUUGACGUUAAACUUCACAUAUCUUGUGGUGAAAUAUUUGCUGGCAAUCAGUUUCUAUCAUCCAAUGAGGGACUAGAUGUAUUUGUCAUUGAUGCAACUCAACAAAGAAGUUACAGUUUUAGAAGAUGAAACAUUGUUAUAAGACAUUAAAGUUGCUUUCUCAAAGAGCAAAAGACGGGUCAAUGGGAUAUUUUGGUGCAAAGGUAGCUAAAUCCUCUUGAUUUGCCGAACUUUGUUUCUAAAGAUCUGUCUCUCAUCGGUAUUGAACCUAAUCAGCAGGUCUUAUGUGACUGUUCCUAGCCCUGGGGUCAUAGCUGUUGAUGGUUAUGAUGGCUACCUAAUUAGAAAAGGUAUGCAAAUUUUUAGGCUGCGUGCUGUGAAUGGUUUCACAAGCUUCACAGGAAUCUUUAGAUCCAUAUAUAUUGGAAAUUUGGCCUAAUCCGCUCCUCUAUAAUUAAGCGAGGAUGGUUAAUUGCAAGGAAAAUAUACAGGAUUGCCUUGCUGCUCGGAUAAUUGAACUUCCAACCUAUAUUGGUUCACGACACUACACUAGCAGGAGAAACCAUUCUCUUGGUUCUGCACAAGAAGCGGGCAGGGGAGGCAAUCCCUCAGUUUUUUGCAUUAUCAUCACUUGCUCCAGACCGGCAAGUGUGGACUUAAAUUGUCUACUGAUACCCAGAAAUCAGGUUAUGCAUGAGUAUAAAUUCAUAGUUACAUUAUUCAAAUUGUUGUCCAGGAGCCUUUUCUUACUGUUUUGAGAGUAUAUUUGUAGUUUGAAUGAAUUCUUUUGUUAGUUAAGAAAUUGAGAAUGAAACUCAUUAUUGUAGUCGUUUUAAUGUCAAAAGCUAAUAUGCCGUGUGGGCCUUCGCUUUUUAAACUAAA